AUGAAUUCGACAGAAUCUCAAGUGCCAAAUCCUCUUGAAUUCGAGGAUCAAGUGUUUGAUUUUGCCUUUCACCCUAGCGAAAAUAUCAUAGCUACGGGUCUCAUAACUGGCGAAGUUUUUUGCUUUAGAUACAACCAAGACGAGAAUAUCGAAAAUGAGAAUUUAUUAAAAAUAAGACCACAUCGAAAAUCUUGCCGUGGUUUAGAAUUUAAUCUCGAUGGAUCUGGCAAUGUAUCAAAAGAUAAAUCAAUACAAGUAAUUGAUGUGUCAACAGGGGGAAUUCUUGUUACGAAACAUAAUGCACAUGAUGGUCCGAUUAAUUGUGUACAACAAUUAAAUCAAUACGUUCUUGCGACGGGCGAUGAUGAUGGUGUCAUAAAGUUAUGGGAUACUCGACAAGGCAACGAAACAAUGGAAUACUCUGAACACGAGGAUUUUAUUUCAGAUCUGGCAUUUAGUGCAGAGCACAAAACUUUGGUGUCUACGAGUGGUGAUGGUACAUUAUCCGUCUAUGAUAUAAGACGUCCAAAUUUAGAUGGUCGUAAAGCAGUGGUGGGAUCACAAGAAGGAAUUCUUAAUUUAUUUAAUUGGGGAAAUUGGGGAGACUGUAACGAUCGGUUUCCUGGACAUCCUAAUUCCAUAGACACAAUUGUAAAAAUUACCGAAGAUUUAAUUUGUACUGGGUCUAGUGAUGGUAUAAUACGAGCCGUUGGCAUUCUCCCGAACAAAUUCAAAGGUGUAAUUGGUGAUCAUGGUAACGAUAUGCCAAUAGAGCGUAUUCGUCUUUCUCAUGAUCAAAAUUAUUUGGCUAGUUGCUCUCACGAUAAUACUAUCCAUGGAUAUUAUUAA